UAAAAAAAAUAUCAAAAAACAUAAAGAAUUACAUAAUAAUUAAUAAUUAAUAAAGAGAAUGGUUUUCCUUCUUUUGUAAUAGGAGAGAGAAAAAAUGAUGCAAUGUAACAAAAAUGAUUCCAAUCUUGUUGUUGGCCUAUUGUUCGUCACUUCCCCCUUAUUUCUCGCUUUGCUUAAACCCACAUAGAAAGCACUACAAACAACUUUUAUUUGGGCCACAUGCCAAAGAUUUUUACUUAGUUUCUUCCUAGCUUACUCACUAGUUUCUUCCUUCACUUUUGUUUCAAUUCCUUUAAAGUAUCUUCACUAACCACUCAUGUCAUAUCACUCUCAUCUCACUAUCAUACCUAUAUAUUGAUACUUGUAUAUAUAGAUGUGUUUUACAAGCACUAGAAAAUAUAUACAAACUCAUUCAUAAAUUGAUUAGUUGAUCAUAUCAAUUCAACUAUUUUUAAUAAUACUAUUGAAAUGGAACUUAGUAAACCAAUUCUUGUUGUGUUUUUCAUACAAGCCCUAUAUACCGGUAUGUUCUUGCUCUCUAAGGCUGCAUUCAACGUCGGCAUGAACAAUUUCAUAUUCACCUUCUAUAGACAGGCCAUUGCAACCAUCUUUCUAGGUCCUGUAGCCCUCUUUCUCGAAAGGAAAAAUAUACCCCCGCUCUCAUUCAAGAAAUUUUGGCAAAUAUUCGCAAUGUCUUUAUUUGGGAUAACAUUGAGUUUGGAUUUGUAUGGCAUUGGGCUGACCUAUACUUCAGCGACCAUGGGUGCUGCUACAACCAAUUGUCUUCCUGUCAUUACUUUCUUCCUUGCUGUUCUUGUUAGAUUAGAGGUAUGGAAAAUAAAGACAGCCCCGGGGAUAGCAAAGCUAAUUGGCGUAGUGAUAUGCUUGGGAGGUGCCAUGACUCUAGCACUUUAUAAGGGUCCUUCCAUUAAACUAUUUAGCCAUCCUCACUUGCUGGCUGGUCACCCAGCAGCCAACCAGCCGCCACAGACUCAAACCCAUUCCGGCCCUACUUGGAUUAAGGGUGUUUUUAUCUUGCUGACCGGUAACACGUUUUGGGCUCUCUGGCUUGUUAUGCAGGCUCGAAUCAUGAAAGGGUACCCGUCAAAGCUUUUGCUCACAGCACUAAGUUGCUUCUUGAGUUCAAUUCAGUCAUUUGCAAUAGCUAUUCUUGUGGAACGUCGUCCUUCUCAAUGGAUGCUUGGUUGGAAUGUCCGUCUUCUAGCCGUUGCUUAUUGUGGAAUAGUGGUGACAGGAGUGGCAUACUAUUUACAAGCAUAUGCGAUAGAGAAGAAGGGGCCAGUAUUUCUAGCACUGUGGACUCCUUUAGGGCUUAUCCUUACCAUGCUUUGUUCUGUUCUUCUGCUUGGAGAGAUCAUCACUUUGGGCAGUGUCAUAGGUGGAAUUUUGCUAGUUGGAGGGCUCUACAGUUUCUUGUGGGCAAAGAGUAAAGAACAAAUGAUCAUUCCAUCAACUUGUUCAACCGUUGUUGAAGCAGAUAAAGAAGGCCUGGAAUUUAAAGUAAUAGAAGGAACCAAGAAUUCACCUUCCAUUGUAUAAGUAUAUAUAUAUAUAUAUAUAUCUACUUAUAGAUGAUUUUGUAAGGCAAGAAGAUCACUCGAAAUUGAGAGAGCAUCAGAUCCGAUCCAGAGACUUGAAGGUGUCAAGGACUAAGGAGAAUUUCAUCAUAAGCUCUCAAGUUUUGAUGUUGACUGCUGAUUUCUUACACUUACACCAAGUAUAUUUUGAGAAGAAAUAUGAAGUAUAUAUAUUGUAUUAGGGUAGCAUUAAAUCUAUGCAUAGAUGAUGAUGUAAUUCUUUUACCUCAUUCUAUGCCUAAUUAAAGUACAUAUUUUUUUUUGUCUCCCUAAUAGAAAAAAUGCGAAGUACUACGUAUAUACAAGCAUACAACUUCAAUCUA